AUGCCAUUCGGCCUGAAGAACGCUGGCGCAACGUACCAACGAGCUAUGAACCUUAUUUUCCACGACCUAAUUGGCCGAACCGUUGAAGUCUACAUCGACGACGUUGUUGUAAAAUCCCCAUCCAAAGCCAACCACGUGGGGCAUCUCCGACAGGCUUUCAAUCGCAUGCGGGCACACGGCGUCACCGCCGGGAACUUUCUCGGUUUCUUGGUUCACCAACGAGGGAUCGAGGUAGAUAAAAAUAAAGCCACGACCAUUAUGGCAACACCUCCGCCAAGGACCAAGAAGGAACUCCAGUCCUUCCUCGAUGGCUCUAUCGGUUGUCUGCUGGCUCAGAACGAGUCUGAGCGAGAACAAGCAGUGCACUAUCUGAGCCGCACCCUUAACAUGGCCGAGCUAAACUAUUCAUCGAUCGAGAAAUUAUGCUUGGCACUUUAUUUCGUGGCCACCAAGUUGCGCCAUUAUAUGCUUCCUUCGGUCGUUCAGAUCAUCUCCAAGACCGACCUCAUCAAAUACAUGCUCACUCGGCCGAUCAUACGCGGCUUGAUCGGGAAGUGGACGAUGGCAUUGUCCGAAUUCACCUUCCAGUAUGUGGCUUAG